ACCCUCGCUGCUUCCCGUUUAAAUCCUUACGUGGCAGUCUAACUGAAAGCUAGCAAGGAAGUUUCCAAUCUCAUCCUCUAUAAUUUGUGCUUGUUCUGAGCCUCCUGCUACGAUACAUGUGCAAUUUUAGGGUGGGUUUGAAAUCGUGGGAGUACAGACAAUCUACAAUCGUUACGUAACGCUAGCUAAAACAUAAACAUGUUCACUGCUUCAGAGAUCGUUGUCCUUUUUGCGGUCUUGUCCUCCACAGCGUCCGGCUACUUCGUUAGCAUAGACGCUCAUGCCGAUGAGUGCUUCCAUGAGCGGGCCAACUCAGGAACCAAGAUGGGCCUGAUGUUUGAAGUUGCCGAAGGAGGCUUUUUGGACAUUGACGUUGAGAUAACAGGACCUGAUGGCAAGCAGAUCUACAAAGGAGACAGAGAGUCCAGUGGGAAGUACUCAGUAGCAGCUCACAUGGACGGGACCUACAAGUUCUGCUUCAGCAACAAGAUGUCCACCAUGACACCGAAGAUCGUCAUGUUCACCAUCGACAUCGGAGAGGCACCCAAGGGACAAGACAUGGAGACGGAAGGUGGAGAGAGUUGGGAUGCCCACCAGAACAAGCUAGAGGAGAUGAUCAAUGAGCUGGCGGUUGCCAUGACAGCAGUCAAGCAUGAGCAGGAGUACAUGGAGGUCCGGGAGAGGAUACACAGAGCCAUCAAUGACAACACGAACAGCAGGGUGGUUCUCUGGUCGUUCUUCGAAGCCUUGGUCCUGGUGGCCAUGACUUUGGGACAGAUCUACUACCUGAAGAGGUUCUUCGAAGUGCGGCGAGUGGUGUAACACCUAAAACCUUCCCCCUGUGACUUCCUGUUCCACUGUUGUCUCCAACACAGAGAUGGCAAUCAGUCACACCAUGAAAUAAGACUGUCAGAUUUCAGUAAAAGUCUGAGUACAAAUUGGAUCUCUUAUGUUUUUUUUUUUUUUUUUUUACCCUGUUACCCCUUUGUUGUUCCCAUCCUUAUCGAUGUGCUUGUUACUGUUGUAUGCGUUUUGAACUCGAGGCCUUUCAAAGAUCUUAGGGUUGAUGAUGUUAAGUUUGAUUUUCUCAUCACUGAGGAAGCAAAUGAUUUGUUAUGGAUUACUCCACGCAGCUUGGUCAACUGCAUGAUCAGCCAUACAUUGGCUAGGGAGGUUGUCUGCCUGUCUGUAUCUGGUCAGUGGAUGGGCUGUAUAGAGUAACAAAACCAGGACAUGUAUUCGAGAGAUGCACACCAAUAGUUAAGCAAUGAUGACAGUACCAGUGAAUAAUGUAUCCCAUAUUUGACCCAUUGUUUGGACCCCGUUGUAAAUUAUCUGACAAAGUAGUUUAUAUAAAGUAUGCAGAAUGCAUCAGCUCAAGGUGAGAUACUUAGGGCUUGUUCAGGAGAGCGAAAUGUCACAUAACAUUCAAGUAGAAAUGUGCCUCUAGAAUAAAGAAUUGUCUGCUCUAUAGAUCAUAAUUCUAUCUGCAACUUUCUGAAUUUUUCAUCCUGCUGAAUAUCUGAAAGAUUUUUAUUGUCUGGGAAGCAGAUGUUUUUGCUCCUGUUGCUGUUGAGUUAUAAAUAUAUAGAUCCAUAGCACAUAAUGCUUCUGAAUGUUUGUGUAUAUGGACAGUGCAGGGAAAACCUUUCUACUCCCAUUACACCACAGAUGGGUUAUAGUAGGUCAGCAUUCCUCUAACCUGGCUCCACUGGGUGUACAGGGUUUGUUCUAGCCCAUCACUAACACACCUGAUGCAAAUAAACAAUGAAUCAUUUAACCCUGGAUUUGUUGAUUCAGGUUUGUUACAGCUGGGCUGGAACAAAACCCUGGACCCCUGUAGGUGCAGAGAAUCAGGAAUGAAGAACACUGUAGUAAAUUAUGAGUAUGGGUGGGGGUCUGAAACUAUGAUAUGAUUGCUGAGGCUAGGUAGUUGCCUCCAUUUUGUUUUUAGACUGGUUGUAAUUUGGGUUUUUGGAUGGGGCUCUAAUUUCAUACCUUUUAAUUUUCUGGUGCAUAUUAAGUGGGGUGCAACAUUCAGAAUGUAGAAAUGUUUAUGUAUAGAAUGGACAUGGCUUUUCAUUCCACAUGUUAGAGGAUGAAUUGUAGGUAUAUCCUGUCUAAUCUAUACACUACAUAUAUAUCUGCAACACCAUAAAUGUUGCAUCUUACUGAAUAUGCCUCAGUCCGUUUUGUACUUUACAUGAUCUGAUGAGCUCAGGAAUAACUGUCACCGUGAGACUGGAGUGGUUACUGAGGAGAAAUAAGAUCAAGUGACCCCUGUACGUCAAUGAAAUUCCGCUAAAUGGAUCUGUAAACUUUAAGAAAGAUGCUUGUCUGUGGAUCCAGGUUUAAUAAAACAACAAAAAUGAUACUUUAAAA